AUGCCCAGUAACGUGGAUAGCCGAUCGGAAUGCCAAUAUAUUAAACAGGGCAUCCGACUCGUUGAAUCUGAGUACCUCAGAGUUACUAACUCGUUUCUCCCGCCGCCGGAGUCGGCCGAAUCGUGCUGGGACUCGUAUGAAUCGCUGGUUAACGAGUAUGAACCCAACUUCAACAUACGCCGUCGGUGUGGCUUCGAGACGACAUGGAUUGCCCAUGGCUGUAUGAACAUCACCACACGAUCCGAAUUCGAAUCCGUUAUCCCGCGAAAGGAUCUCGACGACAUCGUUUCAGCAUGUAACCAGUCCCUCCUCAACAACUCCCCUUGCGCCACGUGUACCACUGCAAUUUCCAGGCUUCAAGCCUCGUACCUUACUGGCCCGUCAAUCGGGAACGUCUCAGAUUGUACGGCCUACCCUUUUAUUUACGUCGCGGCUUUUGCAAAUCUCCAAGGGCCCACCAAUGAAGGUACAGCAAAGUGCUUGUUUAAUCUCGAUUUUACAUCAUCCAGUUCGAGUGGUAAGAAGAAAAAGGUUGUAAUUCCUGUAAGUGUGUCGAUUACUGUGGUGGUUUUGAUAGUGGGGUUUUUAGUGUUUUGGUUUUUCCGACGGAGAGGGAAGAAAUUUUUAAAGCCAAAGCCAACAAAUGUGACGAAUGAGGUUAACGCAAGUUCUGGGUUGGAUUCGAUUAGAGGGAGUACUACGUUAAUUAGGUUCAAAUUUGAUGAAAUUAAGGCCGCAACGAAGAAUUUUUCUAGGGAUAAUAUAAUUGGGAGAGGAGGGUAUGGGAAUGUGUACAAGGGAGUGUUACCAGAUGGCUCUGAAGUGGCAUUGAAGAGGUUCAAGAAUUGUUCUGCUUCUGGUGAUGCGAGUUUCACACACGAAGUGGAAGUUAUUGCCAGCAUUCGACAUGUGAAUUUGGUGGCUUUGAGAGGGUAUUGUACAGCGACAACCCCUUAUGAGGGUCACCAAAGGAUAAUUGUGUGUGAUUUGUUGAAGAAUGGGAGUGUUCAUGAUCAUCUAUUUGGGUUGGUCGAGAAGAAGUUGAGUUGGCCUAUACGUCAGAAGAUAGCGCUUGGGACAGCAAAAGUUAAUGAUGGUCAGCCUACACUCAUCACUGAUUGGGCUUGGUCUCUGGUUAGGAAUGGUAGAGCAUUGGAUGUCGUUGAAGAUAUGCCAGACUUGGGUCCUCCGGUUGUUGUAGAGAAGUACGUGUUAGUGGCUGUUCUUUGUUCACAUCCGCAAUUAUAUGCUAGGCCGACAAUGGACCAGGUUGUUAAAUUGUUGGACACUAAUGUACCAGUUCCUUCGAUACCGGAAAGACCAAUAUCUCUCAUUGCAAAUAUUGAUGAUAUCGAGAGGUUAGCAAGCAGCAGCGGUUCUGGUAAAUUGUCGACGCCUGCUGGCUAUCAGCCUUAUACUUUUGAUGAAGACUGUCCUCAGACACCCAAGGAAGAUAAUGAGAAUUCUAGUGGUAGGUAA